GCCAGGAUUCGAUCCCGUGACCUCGUGCUCAGCAGCCCAACCCCAUAGCCCCUCAGCAACCACGGCGGGUUCACUUCUGAUUGAAAUGUAUCGCUUCAGACGACCGCUAUGGUGAAGACACUAUACCGUGUUUGACCGGACGUUUGAAGUGGGGCGUUUCGGUAGUAAUUGCGAAAGAUGUCUUUUCCUUCUUGUAAUGCUUGCACCCAAAAAUUACGCAUAUAUUUAAUGAAGAAGCGUAGCAUAACUGACUGUACAAUAAAUUAAUACUUAAUUAUUAUGUAAUUAUGAUGGGUGUCUAUAAACUGUAGUCAUUCUCAUCCAACCUUGACUUACUUUUUAUAAGAUCUCCAGCACCUUUGCAUAAAAUUGUAAAUUUUACAAAUUACAAUUUACAUUUACAAUUUUACAAUUACAAUUACAAUUUUACAAUUACAAAUUUUACUGUCGAUACGAACAUUAUUCGUGACUAAAGAGGCUAUUUGGGGCUUGUAUUUUCAAGUGCUGUAAAUAUGAAACUUUUACGACAAGGAAGGAAACGAAGAAAAAAGCAGUCGUCUUCCCGUCUCCUUUCUUGUAAAAAAAAAAACAUUUAUCUUAGCGGUGCUUGAAUAUACAUCGAAAAUGUGUUCCAACUAGUCCCUAUUCAGUGCCUGUUUAUUUGGUUGAUUUGAUAAAAGGAAAGCCUGUGUACUCCUGUUCUUGUCGCUACGCAAAUGCAGUGAUGAGUGGGAUCAAGGGGCUCUUCUCCGGGUACGCUUCGGGAAGCUUCGACGGCGCCUUGCUGUGCUACCUCCUCAUCUUUCCGUGCGUGGGUGCAGUUCUUCUAGGAGCCCUGCUGCUCUCCCUCGCGCUCAUGCAGACGUAUCGCGUGAGGUCGUCCACAACCACUCCCAGGACGCCAAGCAUCGAAGACGACUCUCGCGUCGCGUGCUACACCUCCGUCUGCCAGGAGGUGGUCGCGUUGCUGGCGCUGACCGCGGACUACGCCGUGCCGCCGUGCGACGAUUUUUACCGGCAUGUCUGCGGGAAAUGGGAAACCGCUGGCGGCUUGCUUCCGUCAGACGACGGCGGAGAAGGGCCACGCCCGGCGUUCAGCUACGAGGAGGCCAACCUUCGUGCGUUCGUCGGGAGAGUCCAUCGCAGCCUCGAGUAUCUGGCGCAAGACCCGGGUCGCUGCGCACCGCGAGACUGCCGGAUGGCCCGGUUCUACGAGAGUUGCGUGCAGUUUGCCACCGAUCGAAGUGGGAACGAGCACUCGCCAUCGGUGCAGGAGGCUCUCGAACAAGCGGGAGUCGACCGCGAAGCCUGGCGAUGCGCGCAAACCCUGAGGGUGCUCCUGCACGUGGCCGUGGCCAGCAGCCUGCAAACGGGGCUGGUGUCGGCUCCGAGCGCCAGACGCAGCGAGAAUGGCGACGUCUUCAUCGACGUGGGCGAGUCGCUGAGCCACGUCUUUGUGCCGUACGGCCACCGGGUUGAACACUUUGUCCACGACUCACUUGCCGAGUUGCGUGAAGACGCGGGCAAUGUGUCGCAAGAUGCAGUGCUGGCCGUGGAUGCGAAUGUCGAGGGAAUUAGGCAGGCGAUCGACCCUUCGGUCCAUCAGUUCCGGGUGGUUCAGAGGAGGGACCUGCCACCUCCCUUCUCCGAGAGCCUGUCCGUGCAAAUACAGAAAGUAAGGUGCGCAGCUGGCCGCCCGCACUCUGCAAACUUUACGCGCUGGACCCCUACAUUGCGUGCUCGAGCUCCAGAAAAAAUCGGUGCCGUCGUUGAAUUGUUUGGCACCAUCAACCUCGGACUGGCCAGAGUGUACUUGCUGCUGUUGAUGGCGUCACACGUCGUGAAAUACGUUUACAUGCUGCACCCGCUCGAUGGACAAGAUAGAGCGAAUCCGAUACAGAUCUGCCUUCAAGCAACGGCAGCAUAUUUCCCCGGUCGCUUCCCCUUCUGGCUGGCCAGUACAAUGGAAACAUCUGAGGCGCACUUUUACCUGGACCAGAUGGUCACCAGGUUAAAACAAUCGGCAGAGGAUGUGGCUUACGACACCAAGACGUUCACGAUCAACGGCUCAGAGUUCGCGAGAACGCCAGUGACGACUAUAUCUCCCAGGAGCGCUGUACAGGACAGAGAGAUGCGUGCCUUGCCCGGAAACUUCGUCCUGUCCAUCAUACAGUUAAGCAGGGAGCCACUCGCCCAAGACUGGCCAUCGACGGAAAACGCUGCACAGCAGCAACUGCAAGGAUCCAUUACCACUCAGACAUCGGUUACCGGCGAGGGCACCAUGACCGUGCCCUCGCUGUUCCUCGUGGCCGACCUCAUGCACGCCGACGACCCGGAGGAGACUCUCGAUUAUUCGACGGUUGGCGUCCGGCUUCUCAUCACGUGGGCCAGCAUGGCCAUGGCACUCGACAACAGAGAAAGAAGCAACGCGAGCUCCAAGAACGUCGCCGCCUACCGGCAGUGCGUCACUGACCGCAUCGCUGCUGACACGGGGUCGAGCUUGAGCCAAGAGGCGCUGCGCUUCGUGCUCUUCCUUCCCUGGGCGCUGGACGUGGCCCUCUUGUCCUCCACGCGAGGCACGUACGCCGGCAAGCGGGUGGACGUGCUCAGGGCCAAGCAACGGCUCUUCUUUCGCCGCUUCUGUCAGACCACUUGCGGCGACGCGGAAGCGGCCAAGGCUUGCCGCUACGGUGUUCUGAACUCCCAAGCCUUCUCCGAAGCAUUUCGCUGCAGCACGCUACCGCCGCAAUUGCGCUGCUGAAUUUUAUUUCCGUUUUCUCUCUCGUAUAUUGCUCCGCGAACUAUGUAUGCCCUGUGCUGUUUCUUCCUUAUGCUCUCAUUAUAAGCUGUCACGUUUCGCUG